UUUCCGACAGUAGUCGAGGGCAGUAAAGUGUCGCUGCACUUCCUAUGGCCAUAUUUGGGUGAGCAUCGGUGGAGCGUGAGCUCAGGAAGCAUUUCGAAGGACUACAAAAUGAGCUUGUGUCUGUCGUCUAUCGCAAGAAAAAUAUCCCAACGUUUUUUUCACUGAAGUUGACUGCGCCUCGUUCACAGAAGAAAACAACGUCCUUUCUGCUGCUGCAGUGCUCAGAGCUUUGAUUCACAGGAACUCUGACACACGCAGACGCAAAAACAUUUCACAUUGGAAAACUGUCAGUAGACACAGUGAAAGAUCAUGACGACGUUGCUGGACCUGAAGAGUAGUAUGCUGAGGCAGGUGCAGAGGAGCCAGUCGCUUAGGAGCCGAAGGGAGCCGCCACCCACCGCCAGCAGCCCCCUCACGCACAGUCCUGAGCCCUUACCUCGCAGGAUUUCCGAGGAGAGCUUGGAGUUCUUUGAGCGUGUGAAUGCCAUCCUUCAGAAGCAGGAGAACAUGCUGCGGGCUGCCCAGGCUGAGUGCCAAAGAGGGGCCUGCACAGUGCCGCCGCCCCAAGAGCAUGUGGACCAGGCCUUUAUCCCUGACAGAAGCAGAAGGACAGAGCUGGACCUGCUUUAUGAGGAAGCUGUGUACACGGUGGUCAACCGGGUGGGAGUACCUUCAUCUGAACAUGUGACAAGUGACGAAGAGCUGUUUGCUUACCUGCUAAAGGCAUUUGAUAUGGGCGAAGAGGAACAUGACAUCAUUCUCCAAAAAGUUCAAGAAUCGAAGCGGGCCAGUUUUUCCUUGAGAGUUUCUGUCAUGAAAGCAAAGAGUCUCAUGGCCAAGGAUGCUAAUGGGUACAGCGACCCCUACUGCAUGCUGGGAAUCCUGCUGGGCCAGAGCCCGCGGGAGAUGGAGGAGAAGAAGGAGAGGAAGUUCAGCUUCAGGAAGAGAAAGGAGAAGCUGGAGAAACGCUCCAGCAUCAAGGAGGUGUUACCUGCCAGGUGUAUCCAGGUGACUGAGGUCAAACCAGAGACUCUCAACCCAGUGUGGGACGAGCACUUUGUGUUUGACAUAGAUGAUGUCCACAAUGACCUCUUACAUCUUGACAUAUGGGAUCAUGAUGAUGACGUGUCUGUUGCUGAGGCCUGCAAAAAGCUCAAUGAAGUCAGUGGACUUCGAGGAAUGGGCAGGUAUUUUAAGCAAAUAGCAAAGUCAGUGCGUUCCAAUGGAUCUGCAUCAUCCGGCUCCGAGGAGAACGCUGAUGACUUCCUCGGAUGCAUCAACAUCCCUUUGAAUGAGAUCCCAAUUGUCGGCUAUGACACCUGGUUUAAACUGGAGCCUCGAUCGAGUACGUCCAAAGUUCAGGGAGAAUGUCACCUGAUACUGAAGCUCUUCACCAGCCAGAGGGACACAGCUUUGUCUAAGAAAGACUCAAAUGUCUCCAUUCACAAGAAACUGCUGAGUCAGAUUGUGGAGUAUGAGCACGCUCAUGUUAAAAGAGAGCCGUACAACUGGAAUGGGCAAGUGUGUCCUCCAGCGUGGACUGUACUGACUCACCAUGCUGUGCAAACUGAUCUCUCACCUCUCCAACAGGCCAUUAUUCGUUGGCAGUGCUACAGCAGCCACCAUCGGACCCAGAGGGUGUGCUACUCCCUGCUGCUGCGCCUCCUGAGGACCAUCGAUGCAGAGUGGGACCCCGUCGCUGUGAGGGGAGACCUGGAGAGGCAGCUUUCAGACAGCUUCAGGCUGUACACAGAGCACUGCCUGUGCCUGAUGAAGAACAUGCGUCAGGUUUUCCCCUGCACCAGUGUCGCUGCCAUUACACGCUACGAGCUCAUGCUAAGGGGGAUUGGCUACAUGCAGAACAUGCGAGCGUUUAAGUCUGUGUGUCCUCUUCGAAAUGAACUUCAUUUGGACAUCACUACUGCUGUCAAGAAAGGGACUGUGGAGUGGUAUGAGAGCCUAAUUGCAAGAUAUAAACCACAGGACGGGACUCUGGAGGAGCAGCUGAAGAAGCUGGUUCAGGUGGUUGAUGCCACGUGUGCAGACGUACAGAGAGCCCAGAACAUCUACAACAAACUCUUCUACAGUGCAGUGAAAGUAGAUUUCUUCAGCAUAUCGUACAGGCAGUUGGAGAAACAGGUAGCCGAUGAUGUAAGCGUCGCAAUGGAGCGGGUUUGUGGGACUCUGGAGCAGGAGAGCUCCAGACUGACUCAGACAAUGGGAGAAACCAUCUUUGAGCUCUUCAUGUCCUUGAAAAUCCUCAAAGGCUUUCGGGAGUUUCUUCCUCUCAAGGAUGCUAAAAUCUUGGCCCUGACAAGCUUUCAUAACUGGUUCAAGUCCUCGAUUCAUAAGUGGCUGCAGAUCGUUCAUGACAGAUCCUGUGACAGAAUUCGUAAAGCAGUGGAAAAAGACAACCUCGAGCCUGUGCAGCAGGCCAAACACAGCUCCUCAGCAGUGGAGGUGACAACAUGCUUCAGCCAGGUACGCGAGAUCUGGCUCCAGUUGGCCUGGCCAGACUCUGCGGGGGCCUUCAUCUUUGUCACUCGUUUGACAGACAAUUUCUGCAGCGAGGCUGUGUGCUACUCUGAGAUGAUAACACGCAAGAUUGAGAGGAACCAGCUGGGCCGAGACCAAAAGAGCUUCACAGUGCAGCUCUGCAUCGCCCUGAACAACACAGAGCUUGUGCGCGUUUUCCUGGGUCACCUACCCCGUGACCUGGACUGGCAAGGUGUGGAGCGGGCCAUGGAGGAGUCCUGUGGGGUGGAGGGGAAGGAGCAGGUUUACAAGGCUCUCAAUGGGCAGCUGUUCAACAUGGACCUGGACCUCCAGAGAGAAGCCAAACGUCUCAUCACACUGCUCACCGACAAGAUGCUGCCUGAGCUGCGGAGGUACAUCCAGCACAUCAGCCUGUCCCCAGACUCCAUUAACAAUGAUGAAGCUGUGUCGCCUCUUAUGAAAUACUUACAAGACACUAUGGUUAUCAUCAGUGAAAACCUUGUGAAGGAGAAUCUGACUAGAGUUCUCCAAAGCAUGUGGGAGCUGCUCCUGCGGAUGAUCCUAGAUGCGGUCGCAGAAAACAGGGGUGUUCAGGUGGAGUUCUACAACCGCUUCCAGUACACAGUGGAGACCCUGUUGCAGUUCUUGCAUGUCAAGGGAGAGGGUCUUUCCUUGGAAGACAUGAAGAGUGGAGACUACAAGGUUCUGGAUGAAGAGCUUAGGCUGAAUAAAUGUUCCUCCUUUGAGCUGAUUGAACAGUACUAUCUGGAGAAGAUUUCCCAACAGAAAACACUCAAACAUACCUGUUAUGGUCGGAUCAGUGUGAAGUGCUACUAUGAUGCUCCGGAGCAAAGACUGACGGUGGAGAUUCUGCAUGCUGCAGAUAUCCUUGCACUGGAUGCUAACGGUCUGAGUGACCCAUUUGUCAUAGUGGAGCUCUGUCCUCACCACCUGUUCCCUAUGGCCAAGAGUCAACGCACGCAAGUAAAACUUAAGACCCUGCACCCAGUAUUCGAUGAACUCUUUUACUUCCACGUCAGUCCCGAACAGUACAGACACAGGUUUGCCUGUUUGACAUUCACUGUGAUGGACUAUGACUGGCUUUCCACCAACGACUUCGCUGGUGAAGCCGUGGCUCCUCUCAGUGACUUCUGCUGGCCAGGGAGACCGAACGCCUCAGCCGCCGGAAAGAGUGUCCAGCCUUUCAUCCUCCACCUGUCUCGCAGUAAACCCAGUGAAAAGCCAAUCAUGAGGAUGCUGGAUGCUCGCAUCGGUGACAGGGAGGCUCAGGAGUUUGUCCGCAGGCUGAAGGAGAUUGAGAAAUCAAUGGAGGAGGAGUAAAAGCUGUCAGCGCUGCCUGUGUUGGUGUUAUCUGACCACGUCUUGCGACAUAUGUGCUUUUGUACUGGUAUCAUGUUUACAAUAUUUGAAUUUUUUCCAAUGUUAUUGUUUGUUCAGUAAUUAUACCAAAAUGAAAAGAGAAAGAAGGAAAACAGCAAAGCUUAUCACUGUUUUCUAUCUGGGAAAUGAACAUCCUGUCACUGUGCAACCUUAUGCUGUCUCAGUUAAACUAUAUUUUAGAAUUUAAUGGAUAGUUGAUCCUAAAUGUUACUAGUCUAUAUUUUUUGUAAUGAGGUAAUUGUUAUCUUUGUUGUAUGAUCUUUGAUAUGAUAUAUUUAACAUUUCAGAACUAUUUUGUGGAAGUAGCUUAUGUAUUCAAAAGUAUUCAGUCAAAGUCUAAAUCUAUACCUCAGAUAUGCUCAUUAGUUGCAGGGGAGUGUAAUAGGCAUCGAGACUUUUCCUUCUCCAUGGACAUUGUGGAGAUACAUUGCAUGAAAGCCUAUUUAAGAUGUGAAAGCUUGAACCCACAUUGCAUUUCCUGAUCAUACAGUGGCUUAUGAACAAACAGCUAUGUGUAAAAAUACCUGUCAUGAAGGAAAUCAUGAAGACACAUACAGCUUUGGGGGAUUGCACUUUCUGAGACUUAGUGUUUUAAGGCCAGUCAGACAGUUCAGCAGCAGGGAGGCCUAAUACUCCCCUGAGGCACACGCCACGGCUCUGCUUCAUUUGGCUUUUCAGAUUGCUCUUCACAAAGCUCAUGAUGGGUCAUUGAAAAGGCCCAAAAUCUUGUGGAGGGAGGACCAAUUAUUUUAACUCAGUUGCUUCUUGCUGUCUGACACCAGUGAGCCAACAUCUGUGCAGAAAUGUAUGUGACAGUUUUCACAGUUAUUUUUUUUUUUUUUGGCAGCAGUGCGCAAAUAAGUUCUACAAAAUCAGCACAUUGACAGAAACAAAUCCAUCUGUCAUAUGCUAAGAAUGUAUUGAAUAAUGAACAGCCUGCUGCUGGUUAGCUUAGCUUAGCACAAAGACUGGAAACAGGGUUAAACAGCUAGCUUGGCUCUGUCCAAGGGUAAAAAAAUGUGCCUACCAGUACCUCUAAAGUUCACUAAUUAAUAUGUUAAAUGUUGUUUAUUUAACCCAAACAAAAAACUAAUUGUGAUAAUGACAGGGCAUAAUGACUUACUGGAGUCUCUGCUGGUUGCCUGGCCACCUCAUGGUCAUGACAAGACCCCUGAAAUUAUUCAAUUAUAACAUAUUGACAAAUAUUCAAUACAAAUAUUCAAAAAUGUUUACUAGAUUUUGCCACCCUGAGUGGUACCGAAAAGUGAAAUGUCGAUAGCUAGCCAACGAACUAGAAGUGACUGCGUCCAGUCAAGAAAUAGACCUGCACAUAACCCCCGUAAAACCACAAUGUGUUGUUUUUACACUUCAGCUUUUGUACGGCUCAAACUCUCAGUUCAGUUGAGUUACUUUAUUAUCCCAGAUGGGAAACUUAAGCUUAAACUCUCGGCAAGAAGUGUAUUUCCCAAAAUGUUGCCAACCAGCAUUAAAGUCAUUUCCAACAAGGUUAUUUUGCUUUUUAAUUUUAUAUUUAUUUAAGAUACUAUUUCAAGUUUUAGUUGCUUAAUUUUGAAAAAAUACUAUUUUGUCAACUUUAACUAUUGUGUAAACCAGAACACAGUCCAACUAAACAAGUAAUUCAUUUGUGAAAUAAUUCAUCACUUUGGCACCUUGCUUCUCCUCCUCGGGGAGCAGAAGCUAUAUUCAGAACCAUUCAUACUUUCAUGGUUAUGGGGAUACACCCUGUUCCUGAUAAUUGAAAGGGAGAAUAUACAUCCUGGCGUCCCCAAAGAUUACACAGUGUUACACAGUGUGUGGCCAGAUGGUAGCUAAUUGCAGCUAAUGAGCUCAUGUAGCGUUCAGAAAGUUCUGGAAACAGCCAUUAAACAUGGCAAACCCAUUUUUUAUCCCAACUUUAAAUCAAUGCAGGCUCAUCACAGGCCUUACAUUUGAGUUUCAGUCUCUGUGUGGGGCUUAUGCUGCGUUCCAGACACAAUUCUUUGCCCGUAAGUUACGACUUCAAGUCACGACUCACGACUUGGUAGCGUUCCAGGCAAAGUCACGACA